AUGGCGAUGGGCAAUGAAGAAGCCACGAUCAUAGUCUUCAUGACCGAGGGAAGUUUGCCAACGGCCAAGGCUUGCAGAAAGAACAUGUACCGACGAAUGCACGAUGUUCCCAACUCGGCAGGGGACGUUUGCCGUUACAUGCUCAAUUAUCCUCCGUUGCCUGUCCUCGAUUCGUUCGAGAUGCAUCCUUACCUUCACAGCGCUUUUCUUUACCUCUUAGCCCGCCUUCGUGGCGAGGCCCUCCACCGGAUUGCCGGGUUCACGCGGGCCGGGAUCGCCUUCCUUCGGGAUGCCAGUGGACACGAGUUGGAGAGUUCGGGGCUCGAAGACCAGGUCACACUCCGGUUUGCGAUAUACCUCCCAGUCUUCCUCAUCGCGCUGCUUGCAAUCGCAUUGGUGGACGCACUGCUCUCAGUCACCCGACGUGAAAUCGAGCGCGUGAUGUAA